AUGGGGCCUGAAGGGUAUGGCGUAGCACUAGGUCCGGUGGGAGCAUUAGGUCCCGUAGGGGAAUGUGUAACAUUGGAUCCCAUCGGGACUGGCGAAGCACUUGGGCCUGUAGGUGCAUUGGGUCCCGUGGGAGGAUACACGACUUCGGGUCCCGUCGGAGUUGGCUGUGCACUGGGAAUUGAGGGGCAUGGUGUAGCAACAGGUUCGGUGGUUACAUCAGGUCCCGAAUACAUGACAUUGGAUGAUCCCAUCGGAGCAGGCGUAGCACUUGGGCCGGUUGGUGCAUUGGGACCGGUGGGAGAAAGAGGCGUAGCAACGGGGCCUGAAGGGUAUGGCGUAGCACUAGGUCCGCCCAAGCGUCUGAUAUCCAGAUACCAACGUUCAACGCUUAAAGAAACGUCGGCUUUAGCAACUAUUCGCGAAGAAGACUUUGAAGCAGCCCACGUCGUGUAUUCAGUGGGAGAAAUGCCGGCAACGUUCAAGUCGGCGAUGGAAUCCAGCGACGCGGACAAAUGGAAAGCUGCAUGUGAUUCGGAACUAGAGUCACUCUACAAGAACAAGACUUGGGAUGUCGUGCCUCUGCCAAAGGGGCGCAAAGCAAUUGGUUGCAGAUGGGUGUUUCGAGUCAAGGAAAACCAAGAAGGAUACAAUACAUUGCGUCUGUACAACAUUAACCCCGGCUCUUCAUACAAAAAGUUUAUGGCCGACAUGGCUGCACUCGGCGUUUACGUCAUGGUCUCGGCAUCGCCUGACAAUGACGCAUACUAUGGCAAGUACCGCUACUCGACCAUUACCAAAAAAUUAAGCUGUUCUGGGAAAGUAUCAACCAGCGGAGGUGCGAAGACCGUAGAUCAGACCGAGACCUGCUAUCCGGCACUGCUGCUUGAGUACGGCAAGAAGAUUAUUCAAAACUUUGCCCAGUACGACAACACGCUGGGCAUUGUUGUGGCCAAUGAAAUCAUGCAGGAAGAUCUUACGUCCGCUUCAUGUGUGAAAGCCUAUGUAGCUGAUCUGAAAAAUUGGAUGAAGGUUAACGGCAAAAAGUUGCGUAUUUUGCCGCUCGCCUAUGCUGCUGCUGACAGUAGCAACAAUAAAGUUGAAAACGCAGAUGACUAUCACGUCAUCAAAGUCCAAGGACUGCUCUGUGGAGAUCGGAUGGUUGAUGGCAUGAUGACAGAGAGUAUCGAUAUAUAUAUGAUCAAUGAAUACCGCUGGUGCCCCGACUCGACGUUUACCGAGGCAUUCAAGCGAUACAUCGACAUGGCUCAGGGCAUUCCCAUCGUUGUUGCGUUCGAACCUUCGAAGACUGAAAAAUUCUCAGCCGUUUGGUCGGGUGGUUUGGCUUACUCGUAUGGUGAAGCUAAGCUUUCAAAGGACUCUCUGUUUCCGAUGUUCACAGGUGGCAGCAUUGACUUCUUGUCGACACCAAGUUCAAAGCCGACGAGGGAUUACACGAAUUUGAAAGCCAUGUUCGAUAAGUAUUCUGGCUACAAAGACGACGCUAAAUGGACUGACAGCACCAAGUGCUCGUGGCAACCUACGCUGGAAACAAAAACGCAGCCGAGCAAUAAACUGGCAACCGAGAAUGGCUGGAUUGUAAGUAGCUGCUCGGCGAGCUUUUUGAAGCUAUCCAGCACGGACUCGUGGACAUGCUCCAGCCGCGAAGGCGUGGUCUGCACGGAUGAUGGUGAUACCUGUGAUGUGCAUAUUAGCGGUACUGUUGGUACAACCCAGAAAGAUAUUUGCGGUUCGUAUGUGGUGACCAGCGGAGGAGGCAUGUGCAAGACCACGUCUGACUGUGGUGGUAACGGGCAGUGCAAGGAGUCAAAUGGCACGAUGUCUUGCAGUUGCCUGUCUUGUUAUACUGGCACGGACUGCAGCGUGAAGGAUAUUAGCUCUUGCGCGACACUUAGCAGCUCGGACACAGCUCCCCAGGCUAUAUUUCUAGGUAUAGGUGUGUUCCUGGGUGUCAUGGCAGUUGUUUGUAUAGCCCUCGGUGUUGCUGCGGCCAAGAGAAGGGCUGAAACAAAUAGGCUGGCACAGCAGGUCAAAUCUGGAGGCACUGCUGAAUCGAGUGCGGCUACUCUAUAG